CUUCGGUGCGGAGGAGAGAGGAUGUGGCUCUGCUGACAUCUGCAAGCCAGAGGUUUGACUGGAGAGACGACCGCAGCCCGGCUGACAGACGACGAGGAAACCCCGCGACAUGUAACCCCGGCACGAAGACGCUCGCAUCCUACAGGCCAGCUGGGACUCCGCCAGUCAUAGUGCCCCCUUUGUGCUGACCAUCAUGAGGGGGCGCUACUCCCGAAAAGUGGGCUUGCUGGCCAAGGCCGGCUUCUUGGUGUGGCUGCUGUGGCUGGGUUAUCUCUUACUGGCGCGCUCCUCUUACCCUUCCCCAUCCGGUGCGGAAGAAAGCGACGGGAAGCGCGGCGCGCCGGCGCGAGGGCCGCCCGAGGGGGAGAGCGGGAUCGACGGGCAGCUGGCUCGGCCCCUCUACGUCAAGCCGCCGGCGGACAACAACGCGCCGGGGGAGUGGGGUCGAGCCACACACCUCAACCUCAACUCCGAGGAGAAGAAACUGGAGAAGGAGAGCAUUGAGCGCUAUGCCAUCAACAUCUACGUCAGCGACAAGAUCUCCCUCGAACGGCACAUUCAGGACCACAGGUUGAACGAAUGCCGGAGUAAAAAAUUCGACUACCGCCGUUUACCCACCACCUCCGUGAUCAUCGCCUUCUACAACGAGGCCUGGUCCACCCUGCUGAGGACCAUCCACAGCGUGCUGGGGACCACGCCCGCCGUCCUCCUCAAGGAGAUCAUCCUCAUCGACGACUACAGUGACCGAGAAUACCUGAAGAGUAAGCUCCCUGCCUACAUCAGUAACCUGCAGCGGGUGCGACUCAUCCGCACCAAGAGAAGGGAGGGCUUGGUCCGGGCGCGUCUCAUUGGCGCCACCUACGCUACCGGGGAUGUACUGACCUUUCUUGACUGCCACUGUGAGUGUGUCCCCGGCUGGAUCGAGCCUCUGCUGGAAAGGAUUGGCGAGAACGCGAGUGCCAUCGUGUGCCCCGUCAUCGAUACCAUUGACUGGAACACCUUCGAGUAUUACAUGCAGUCAGAGGAGCCGAUGAUCGGAGGGUUUGACUGGAGACUGACCUUUCAGUGGCACGCCGUCCCUGAAGUGGAACGCAAGAGGCGACGGUCUCGCAGUGACCCCAUCAGAUCUCCCACGAUGGCCGGUGGAUUAUUUGCUGUGAGCAAGGCCUACUUCGAGUACCUUGGCACGUACGACACCGGCAUGGAGGUGUGGGGAGGAGAAAACCUGGAGCUCUCCUUCAGGGUGUGGCAGUGUGGUGGCAGUCUGGAGAUCCAUCCCUGCUCUCACGUCGGCCACGUCUUCCCUAAAAAGGCGCCUUAUGCACGGCCCAACUUCCUCCAGAAUACUGUGAGGGCCGCAGAGGUUUGGAUGGACUCCUAUAAACAACACUUCUACAACAGGAACCCCCCCGCCAAGAAGGAGAACCACGGAGAUAUUUCAGAGCGGAAGCUGCUGAGGGAGAGGCUAAAAUGCCAAAGUUUCGACUGGUAUCUGAAAAACAUCUACCCUGAACUCCACGUGCCAGAGGACAGGGCAGGGUGGCACGGGGCUGUGCGUAGCUCCGGGAUGCGUUCGGAGUGCCUUGACUACAACGCUCCAGACCACAAUCCCACAGGGACGCACCUCUCCGUGUUUGGCUGCCACGGCCAGGGAGGCAACCAGUACUUUGAAUACACAUCUCAGAAGGAGUUCCGCUUCAAUUCUGUGACCGAGCUGUGUGCCGAGGUGCUCGACGGAAAGACGUCCAUUGGGAUGAGGCUCUGCCCUCGUGACGGAGAGCCGAGGCCUCCCAGCAUCCUCUGGGAGUUCAGAGAGGACGGGACCAUCCACCAUCCUCACUCGGGCAUGUGCGUGACAGUGUACCGCACGGCGGAGGGCCGCGGAGACGUGCAGAUGAAGCAGUGCGCCCCGGGAGACAAAACCCAGCAGUGGAAGUUUGAGUGGUAGCAGGAGGAAUAACGGAGUUAUCUGGGGACCUUAAAUGAUCAGAGUGCAAUUAUUUAGGCUGAGGUCUUUCCCGCUGUUCUCGAUUCUCUCGCUCUCCAGGUCAGGACUUCGUUUGAAUUGGAGGGACAAGCGAAAAGUCACUUGCCGAUGAUUUCCCCACUUCAGUGCCUUUUCUAUCCAUUUAAAUAGCCGCAUCGGUGCAGACUGGAGAGGUUUGGGCCUAUUUAAGGAGAUCGACUGAUUUUUAAAAGUUUUUGUUGUGCUUUCAUCCAAGUGCCUUUGCAACCAAAAUGGAAAACACUGCCCACCCGGCCUGUCACUGCUGUUGCGCAUUUUUUGCAACAUUUGAAUGCAGUGAAACUGGUUUUACUGUCCCCCCACAUGCACAAGUGCCUUCAAAGACAUUUAAGACAAUUUGCAUGGAAACAGGCUGCGAAGUCCUGUUGCACUACAGAAAGCUACCACGUUGUGCACUUAAUUUUAAUUAUUAUUGUGAAAUCCUUGUGUUUGUUUACUUUUUAGAAAAAAAAGAAGCGUAAAGUGGACUGCUGCUGAAGGAUGUGCCAGGACUGUAAGGUCACCAGCUAUGUGCCCAAAUCCAGCCAGUCCUGGACAUGUUGUAUCAUGUGGGAGGAAACAUGGGGAGAGAAUGCUGUGGUCAUACUACACUGCUCUUUUAUCGUGUUUCUGGUUCGUGGAGCCAGUCUCACUGAAGAAUACUGCCUGAGCAAGACUUGAAGAAAUCAUUAAGCAUUUGAACUAAGUGCAUUUUGCCCUAGAGGGCCUUGUGAGUUGACAGGAGUACUGUAAUCUGUUCCUCCCUGUUUUGUAAAGUUAAGAAUACCCUCCAAACCCGUCUGUCACUUUGCCUUCGAAAACUUGUCAUCCAAAAAAGGCUUGUGUGUGCCAAAAUAAAACAUGCCAGUGGGUUUUUUUUUUGAACCCAUUUAAGCAUUUAAUAUGCUAAAAACUAAACCAGCAGCAGCAUCUUUGCAAACUUGAUUUUGUUCAGUCAUAAAAAGCCUUUAAGGGAGUGAUGAUGUGCCACUGUCUCGUUCAGACGCCCGUGUGUAAACUGUACUUGAAACUGAAGAACCGACUGACGCAUCCACGAUGUUUCAAGCACAAAGAGAUGCCGUGUAACAUGAACUGUUUGGGAACAGCAGCUUUAUUUGUCAAAGACUGGUUUUCACAGAGCAGUGUUCAGUCUACCGUCCUUUGAAUUCGUGGAUAUGAGAUAUUCAGACGUAUCAUUGGACACAUUAGGUAAGCUUGUACGAUCACUCCUGUUUUGUAUUAAAAUUGUAAAUAUUGUUUGGCUCAAAGGACCAAAGGGUGCAGGGCUCAUUAAAUACACCUGUAAAACUACUGACAAUGCAAAAGGGAUGUUGAUUACGUGAUAUGAAAACAUGUAUAAUGAAUGCAUUUUCUAAAUUAAAUCUGUUGAAAUGAUUGGGGUAAAAAUAAAAAUAAACU